GGGACCUCUCCUGCCGCUUGGUCCGUCGUCUUGACGACCCGGACAAGAUGGCGACGCUGCAUGGCGGGCUUCUGGGGCCGGACCCCGGGGCGCUGAGCCCUGCGCAGCUGGAGCAGCUGCGCCGCUUCAAGAUUCAGACUCGGAUUGCUAACGAAAAAUACCUAAGGACGCACAAAGAAGUGGAGUUGCUCAUAAGUGGUUUCUUCAGAGAAAUGUUUUUGAAAAGACCAGACGAUAUCCAAGAAUUUGCUGCGGACUAUUUCACGGAUCCAAGACUUCCCAACAAGAUUCACAUGCAGCUAAUUAAGGAGAAGAAAGCAGCUUAAUUAGCAGAAUCUUGAUGCUCAGCUGCUGAGAGAGACCUGCAAGAACCCCGCCUCGGGGUGGGUGUUAACCUCACUUACAGAGGAGGCUUCUUUACUCCUGUCAAAAUAAGCACCGUCUUCUUGGCCCAGGGUGUGAAAGAAACCAAAGGGAGAAGCUGCAGAGAAGUUUCACUCGCGUGUUUUUUUUCUUGACACUAUUUUGGGGGAUUAGCGGCUGUGAAGAGCGGCCCAGGGCUUGUCUGGCAUGUCCACGGCAGGAUGAGACAUCUGUUUUCUAAGCCUAGCGAAACGCAGGCACGUGGGAGUGCUGGGGAGCGGGGGUCGGCCCUCUGGGGCCCACACCUGCCAUCAGACUUUCCUGCCACGCCUGGGCCCCUGGUGCGGGAGUGGCUCCCAUUGCUUCUGGAAGGGGCGGGAGCAGUUUCCCUCCUUGCAGCUUGGGCGGGGCAGGGGCUUUCCUGCUGCCCCUCCUCGUGUCUUCCAGGCGGGAUAUCUGAAGUGAUCCUGUGGGCUGGGAUUGUUUGGUGUGAGGUGGGGUUUGCCAGCACCAUUUGUGUCGGCAGGACCGCCUGGAAGCGAGAGAGCCCCGGUGCCAGUGCCGGGUUUCCAGGACGCCUCGGGCCUGGUCUGCCAUUGCAAAGGCUUGUAAAGACGCUCAUUAAAAACAGAUCUUUCCGCUC